CAGGAAUACUCCUUCCUACAACUCGACAACGGCCUCAAAGCCAUCAUCGGUUCGGAUCCAAAGUGUGACAAGGCCGGUGCGGGGCUUUGCGUCAAUGUGGGCAUGUGCCACGAGAGGAAAGAUCUGCCGGGCUUGGCACAUUUCUUGGAGCACAUGCUCUUCACGGGCACGGCCAAGUAUCCGAAGGAAGGUGAGUACCAUGAGUUUAUGCAGCAAAACGGUGGAGAGUCCAACGCCUAUACUGCCUGCUACUUCACCUGUUACAUGUUUGAGGUGAAACCUGAAGUAAUGGGAGAGGCCCUGGAUCGCUUCGCCCGCUUCUUCACCGAGCCAAGCCUCACUCGGGACUGCACCGAGCGCGAGAUCAACGCAGUGGAUUCGGAGUAUCAAGCAGGACUCACAUCCCCCUGGUGGCGCUACGUGGGAAUCCUCAACAUGAGCGCCAAUCCGGAUCACCCUUUCCAUGUGGCCGUUGGCAACAAUAAGGUCCUGCUGGAAGAUCCCAAAGAGAAGGGGAUCGACCUCUAUGACGAGAUGAAGAAGUUCUAUGAAUCCACCUACUCUGCCAAUGGCAUGACGCCGUGCCCUCAGUCUGAGGGAAUGGGUUGGUUGAAGCAGCAAUGA